AUGUGGCUAGACCGUCUAGGCCAUGCCGGUGGUGGGACCUCUCCGCAGAGCAAUGGUAACCGAUCCGGAUCGCCCCUCCCGCGACGGCCAUCGAGUGCGAGUCGAGGACCAUACAUGACAUCACAACGACCAGCCCGGGGCUCGUCGCUCUCGCUCGUCUCCAACGACUCGACAACCUCGCUGCUUGCCUCUCGGAGGCAGAACGGAUCCUCUUUGAAGCAGUCCACAUCGGCAAAGUCCGUGACCGGGGACCCCAGAGCGCAAGACACGGCAGCCCUCGCACUGCUAGGAAGGCUCAUCGGCGCGUCUCCAAAGGACAGUGGAGUAGAAGGCCCAGCGGAGAACCAAGACGAAGUGAUUAUUACAGACGAGGACCUCGAGGCAGACUUUGAUUUUUCUGGUCUGACGUUACGGGAAAUUGCCUGGGAGGUCCCGGUGCAGCGCCGGGGAAGUCUGCAAGCAUCUCGCACGUCCGAGGAUUUGGACAAAGACCAAGCGAAGCUCGAAGAUUUACACAAGUCUAUCCGCGCCUGCGACGAGAUAUUAAACUCCGUCGAGACCAAUUUGACCAGCUUCCGAAACGACCUCGGCCUGGUGUCGGCCGACAUUGAGAAUCUGCAAUCCCGGUCCACGGCGCUCAAUGUUCGCCUCGACAACCGAAAAGCAGUCGAAAAGGGUCUCUUUCCUGCAGUAGAGGACCUGAGCGUGUCACCCGACCUGGUUCACAAGAUCGUGGACGGCCACAUUGACGAACAGUGGGUCCAAUGCCUUAAGGAAGUGGACAAGCGGACAGCGUCACUGCGCUCGUCUACGAACAUUCAGCAACCGGGUGAUAGGCAGCAGGGCUCAAACCUCAUCAAGGCCGCCACAGAUCUUUUACCGCUGUUGGACAAGCUGGUUCUCAAGGCCAUCGAGCGAAUACGAGACUUUCUCGUGGCCCAGAUCAAGGCGCUGCGGUCCCCGCACAUCAAUGCGCAGAUUAUCCAGCAGCAAAGCUUCAUCAAGUUCAAAGACCUCUUCACCUUUCUGCAUAAACACCAUGCAGUCCUUGCCGACGAAAUCUGCUUGGCAUACAUGAACACCAUGAGGUGGUACUACAGCAACCAGUUCGCCCGGUACGCCAAAUCGCUCGAGAAACUCAAGAUGCACAUAUUGGAUAAAAACGACGUUUUGGGCCAUGACGACCAUCUGUCACGGAGAAGCGCCGCCAAGGUGAGCGGUCCGCCACACGACGCUUUCAGCCUUGGCCGGCGCAUCGAUCUCCUCAAGGGCCCUAACCAGGUGGCCCUGUCCUCGUACAUGGCCGAGGACGACAAGUCGACGCACUACCUCGAAGUGCCUUUCCGCCACUUCAACCUCGCGCUCGUCGACAAUGCCACGGCCGAAUACUCGUUUAUGGCAUCCUUUUUCUCACCUGCUCUAUCCUUCUCCACCAUUGCGCGGCACUUUAACUACACCUUUGAGCCGACCUUCCAGCUCGGCCAGACGCUGACGCGCGGGCUUAUCGGCGAGACAUACGACUGCCUCGGCGUCUUGUUGUGCAUCCGACUCAAUCAGCACUUUGCCUUUGAGCUGCAGCGGCGCAAGAUACCAGCCGUCGACGGCUAUAACAACGCCACCAACAUGCUACUGUGGCCGCGCUUCCAGGUGAUUAUGGACCAUCACUGCGAGAGCAUGCAUAGCCUGGCCGGCAGCGGAAAUAGCACAAUCUUAGCGAGCGGCAAUGCGGGCGGUGGUGGCAGCGCAGCUGCCGCCUCGGCGGCACCACACGUCGUCACGCAGCGUUUUGGCCAGCUGCUGCACGGCAUCCUGGCCCUGAGCACCGAGGCCGGCGACGACGAGCCCGUGGUGACGAGUAUGCUGCGGCUGCGGAACGAGGUCGAAGCAUUCCUCACAAAGUACAGCCAAGUGUGCUUCGGCAAGGACAAGCGCCGGCGCGAGCGGUUCCUGUACAACAACUACUCGCUGGUGCUGACCAUUAUCAGCGACGUGCACGGCGGCAAGCUUGCGGCCGAGCAGAAACAACACAUUGAAGCUCUCAAGAUGGCGUUUCAAGAGGGGGCAUGA